AUGGACCCUAUCAUCGAGUUCCUUAAGGAGGGAGUCCGCCCAGAGAAUAGGCGACAGGCAAGAAAGUUGCAAUCAAGGUGUGCGAGAUACACGUUGAUAGAUGGAAAGUUGUACCGCAGGGGUUAUCGCUUCCCCAGCCUAAAGUGUGUAUCAGUAGAGGAGGGAGAGGCAAUCCUACGGGACAUCCACGAAGGAGUUUGCGGUAAUCACUAUGGAUCAAGAUCCAUGUCUUUCAAAGCGCUAAGAACGGGGUACUUCUGGCCAAACAUGGGGAAGAUGGCAGAUCAAAUGUCAGCGAGAUGCCACAAAUGCCACCAGCACGCUAACAAGAUCUAUUCCCCAUCCAUCGCUCUCUCGAUCUUGAUGUCUCCAUGGCCGUUCGCGCAAUGGGGUAUGGAUUUGAUCGGGAAGCUCCCAACAGCUCCCGGACAAUAUAAGUACGCCAUAAUGGCUGUAGAUUACUACAUUAAGUGGGUUGAAGCAGAGCCGGUAAGUCGGAUAACCACCAAGAGUGUAAAGAACUUCCUCAUGAAGAAUAUCUACUAUAGGUUUAGUAUCCCAGAAACAAUCAUAACAGAAAAUGGUACACAAUUCAAUAACCCGAAACUCAUUGAAUUCACCGAGGGCAUGGGAACACGAAUGUUGUUCGCAUCGGUAGCUUACCCAAAGACCAACAGGCAAGUGGAGGCAGUCAACAAAAUCAUCAAGAAACUGCUGAAGAAGAAAUUAGACGAUGAAAAAGGGUUAUGGGCACAGAGGCUCCCGGAAACAUUAUGGGCCAUCCGAACAACAGCGACGAGGUCAACAGGAGAAACCCCCUUUAGCCUUGCCUUUGGCACGGAGGCUGUCAUCCCAAUUGAACUGACAGUGCCAUCAGGAAGAGUCGAAGGCUACAAUGAGGACACCAAUGCAGAAGGCCUCUAG